AUGUCCAUCGAUGUUACCACUCAAGAACAUGGGGAUGUCCCUAAUCAGGGCAGCCGCUGGGGCCCACCUGGAUAUCCUGGGACUAUACAGGAUAUCCUCACGGGAUGUGGCACUCUGGAGAAAUGGCUCCAUAUAUCACGACUGCUUGGGAGAGCAUGCACUGCACCUUGCCCAGGCCUCUUCGUGAUGGCAGAAGGUGCCAUACAUGGGCACAGUGGUGAUGCACCCCCCUUUACCACCUCUGACAGUCAGGAAGCUGACCACAGUGUCAUGUGCUCUGGGGAGCUAGGCCUCCCCCUACCAGCUGCAGGACUUGAGAGAGUUGACCCAGAAUCUCACCUGGACAACACAAUGGAGGUGGCCCUGAUGGUGAAGGCCUGGGAUCAUGGAGAUCCUGCAACUUCGGAUCAGCAGGACAAGUUCCUUCAAGUACUCCAGCAGCUCACAGAUGGGGCAGGUGUUGCAGUGGGCCAACUCAAAGCCCUGGAUCUGGUGAUAGCUGAGCUGUAUCCCUCAUCACCACCUCUGUGUGCCCUCUGGAUCCCCAGGAACUCCGGGAAGAAAGUACAGCACCCUCUGCAGGCGUCACCCUGGACACACACACAGAAUCUCUCCCAGCGGCCGUCCAGGCAGGCCACGGCAGGCCCUGCGAUCCCCAGGGCCAUGGAGAAGGAGAGCUCAGGACACUGUGAGGCUCCAGAGAAGCUGGGCCUCUCCUUCUCCAUUGAGGCAAUCCUGAAGAGGCCCACAGAGAGAAGAAAUUUACCCAGACCACAGAGUAGAGGGGGAGAGGACUGCAGGCAGACAACUACCCCCGGUUCCAAGCUGGAGAGGCCCUCACAGGAUCAGCCCCAAGAGGAAAAAAAGAAUAAACGGAGAGUUCGCACUACUUUCACCACGGAGCAGCUACAGGAGCUGGAGAAGCUCUUUCACCUCACCCACUACCCCGACAUCCACGUUCGCACCCAGCUGGCUUCCAGGAUUAACCUGCCCGAAGCUCGAGUACAGAUCUGGUUUCAGAAUCAGAGAGCCAAAUGGAGGAAGCAGGAGAAGACUGGAAGCCUCAGCACCUCACAGCAGCCUGGUGCAGCCAGCUUGGCCCUGCCCUCAAACAUGGACAUGGCUGGUCCUGUCCUGACACCACCUGCUCUGCCCACGCUGAUGCCUCCCACAGGGUGCUGCCCACUCUCUCAGACUCAGCUCAUUCCAGGCUGGUUCCCUGGCCAGAUCACCCUUGUCCCAUGGCACCCGUGGGAUCUGCAGCCCCUGCCUGGCUCUCACACCCAUCAACCUUAUGUCCCUACCUUCUUCCUGCCACCUCCACACCCCAAGUGGGGCAGCAUCUGUGCCACUUCAACAUAGGGCCUGGGUUCUCUCCUCCUGAUCAAGGUACUCUCCUCUCUCAGCAACGGCGGACAGCCCUGGACCUCAGAGAA